AUGACCAAGUCCAUCGCCUUCUUCGGAGCCACCGGCGGCUCCACGCUGAACUGUCUCAUUCCCGCCCUGCAGGCUGGUUACCGUUGUUCUGCCCUGGUCCGAUCUCCCUCCAAACUCCACGACCUCCUCCACCAAAACAACGUCACCGUCCCCACCGCCAAUCUCGCCGUCAUCCAGGGUUCGAUCGACGACGCCGAUGCCGUGCGACGGACGCUGAUCGUCAAGUCUUCGUCAUCCUCACCGGGGUCAGAGUCUGCCAGCCACCUGGACGAUGAUGCACAGCUGGAUGGAAGUGCUGGGAAGGGAUUGCCCGAUGGCUACGACCUCGUCGACUUCAUCGUCUCCGGCGUCGGCGGCACCCCGCGCUUCGAUAACCCGCUCCGUCCGACCCUCGACAAUCCGACCAUCUGUCAGGAUGCGGUGCGCAGUGUGUUAGACGCGUGUCGCGCCCUCCAGAGUUCAGGGUCCGGGUCCGGGUCCGGGUCCACCGCCGCGAAGGUUACAAAACCCUAUCUCACCGUCGUCAGCACCACCGGCAUCGCGACGAAACGGGAUAUCCCGAUCGCCAUGAUCCCGCUGUAUCACUGGAUGCUGAAGGUGCCGCACGACGAUAAGCGCGUGAUGGAGGAGACGGUUCGCAAGGAGAUGGGGCGGGGUGAUUGUGUGCUGCGCGGGUAUACGAUCGUGCGGCCGAGUUUGUUGACGUCCGGGGAGGGCGUCGGGACGGGGAAGAUUCGGUUCGGGGUUGAUGAUGAUGCUGCGGUUGGGUAUACCAUCUCGAGGAGGGAUGUUGGGGGGUGGAUGUUUGAGAGGGUCGUGGAGGCUGAUGGGGGGGAGUUUGUGGGCAGGGUGGUUAGUUUGACGGCUUGA